GGGGCGCAACCCCGCCCGCCCGGUCAGUCCGCUCUGGUGUUUUCAGCUUUCGUCACAUCCGGCAGAUCCAAUGGCGAGAUGUGAGCAGCGAGGAGGAAGCAGCUGAUCCGGCGAUGGGCGCAGACAGUGGUCCGGGUGCUCCCCCAGCAGUCCCGUGGCGUAAAGUGCUGUAUGAGCGUCAGCCCUACCCUGACAACUAUGUGGACCGCCGCUUCUUGGAGGAACUGCAGCGCAACAUCGGUGUCCACCAGUACCGCUACUGGGCUGUGGUGCAGGAAGCAGGCCUGGUCGCUCAGCAGGUCUCCUGUGUAGCCGUUUUUCUCACAUUAUGGUUCUACAUGGAUCAAGGAGACCUGGGACCCUCCACCCUGCUCUGGGCCAGUCUUGGGUGUGCACUUCUGGGUUAUGGGCUCUAUGAGGCUUUGGGAGGAGGCAGUGGAGAGCGUACACGCAUGGCAGACCUGCAGAGCGCAGCCAUCUUCUUGGCCUUUACCUAUGGCUUUUCUCCUGUGCUGAAGACGUUGACUGAAUCCGUGAGCACAGACACUGUUUAUGCCAUGUCAUCCAUGAUGCUGCUGGCCCACCUGGUGUCCUUCCCGUACACACAGCCCAGCCCCCCAGGCAGUCUGUCCCUGAACGCAGCGCUGUUUGGCUCUGUGUGUUUGGCCUCACGGCUGCCUGGGGCCCUGCACACCUUCGCCAUGCUGAGCUGUGCCCUCCUGGUGUUUGCUCUGUGGCCCUGCCUGCUCCAUCGCCUCAGGGACCGGGCUGAGUGGAGCUUUCCCCUGGCUGCAGGCCUGGUGUGCACAGCUGGGGUCGGAGGUUUGGCAAGCCUUUGGCCAGGAGGAGCUCUUCUCCUUCUUUUAGCUCUGCUAGUGCUAACUUUAGCCUGUCCGAUGCUGCUCGUGCAUCUUCAGAGACACAAAGACAACAUCCACGGCCCGUGGGAUGAAGCAGAGAUCAGAGAGGACCUCUCACGAUUUUUAAGCUAACACAAACACAUGUAAUAGUACUAUGGACCUCUUUUAUACUGAAAAAUUGUUAACUGUACACUGGUGAGUGUUGAGGGCUAUGACAGCUGCUUAUAUCAGAUGUUCAGCACUUUAACAUAAAGGCUCAGGGAAAACUUGUGCCUACACUGACCACUCCUUUUUUAAGACUCCAUCUGCUAAAUGUCUAAAACUGUAAACAACGUGCACAUAAUCAUGAACAGUAUUUUUAAAAUAUUUAACUCUUACUAAAAUACCUGGUAAAAUGAUUACAUUUUGUUAUAGUUAUUUAUUUGAUGUGUAAUAAGUCAUGAAAAAAAAUAUGAUGGUAAACAAAAUUUUUGUGCUUUUAUGAAUUAAAACACUUUGUCAUACUAA